CUUGCUCAUCUCCUUUCUGCUUUUCUUCUUGUCUUCUGCUAAAUCUUUAGUCUUUUUUUUCUACUGGGUUUUUGUCUUUUCGUCCUCAACAUUAUCGAUUAAUUCUGUCAUUCUCCUCCAUGUUCUUCUUCUCCUGUCUUUCUGCAUCCUUCUUUGUCAACUUCCUUGAUUUCGUCUUGUAAUUCUUCAUCUUCUGGGCACGUUCUUUUUCUUGUUCUUCAUUUUCGAUAGCUUUUUUUUUGUUGUCUUUAUUUUCAUAUUAAUUUUCUUCUGUCUUGUAUUUUCGAUUUUCUCCUUCACUUUGUCUUCUUCCUCAUUGUCUUUAUUUUCUACUUUGUCUUUUUUGUCAUCUUCUCCUACGUCGUCGUCUUCUUAUUGGCUUUGUCGUCACCUUCCUUGACUUUGUCAUCUUUUGCUUUGCCUUCUUCGUCUUAUCCUUGGUUUUCUCGCUGUCCUUCAUUUUUAUCGUUAUUGCCUUCAUUUGCUUUGUCUUCUUCAUCCUCAUUGUUGGUCGUCAUAUUUUCUCCUUCCCUCACGAGGAUACAAAGUGUGCAGCGGCGAAGGCGCUGUGACUUCCUGAGUGUGGCGAGCCCCGCUCCGGAUUGUCCUUCUUUCGACGUUGCCAUGGACGCAGACACAGAAGCAUCUCUCCUCCUGCCUUCGCUGGUGUCAGCGGCCAUGUUGGCAUGCGCCGUAGUCCUAGCGUUGGUGUGCCUGCACUGCAGGGACAACGGACCGCCUGGUGCGCGUGAUCGUGAUGUCACUUCCUGUCAUCUGUGUCGUCAACCAAACUGUUUUUCCAUUUCUUUCUCUUUGGUGUCAUCAGUUUCCAUCCGGGAAGCGUGCGACACUGGCGAGUACACCCCAUCCACUCAAUUCAUACUGGUCCAUCCACAUCAGCCAGAGACUCGCCUGACCUCUGGCCUGCUGUCUCCUUUCAUUCCAGCUUCGGAUUGCGGCAGUCAGCGCAGCGGAAGAUCCGACAGAGAGGCCACAGAAAGUGAGAGUACCCACAGCUACCAGAACUCUCAUGAUGAACAGGACCUCUCAGUAUCCCUUACCGGGGACUACAUAUUGGUGCUGCCGGAUAAUGAGGCUCCUGCGACCAAUCGUAGUGGUGCAUCCACGCCGAGCUCAGAUGAACCACACGACUACGAGAACGUACCAAAGAAACACACGGAAAGGUCACCAACAGAUGACAGAGACUACCUGAACGUGGUUGCUCUUCCUGAAGCGGGAGGGACGCCGAUGUUGUCCCAAAGGGAUGAUGAUGAUGAUAAUAAUAACGACAACGAGGAUGACAGUGACAGUGAUGACGGCCAGGGGAAUUACGUCAAUCAACCAAGUGUGAUGUCACCCAGUCUGCUGCACGAUGGGAUGGGAGGAGCACCGCCGGUACCUGAUGAAAGGGGUGGAGUUGAUGACAGCGUCAUCUUUUGACGCUGAAAUGGACAAACGGCAUGGCUCUUUGGUCGUUUCUCAACCCAGAGGGUUUUGGUUCGAUUCCCCCCCAUCGCGACCAUGUCGAAGUGUCCUUGAGCAAGAUACUGAACCUCCAGUUUCUCCUGAUGCUGCGUCACUAGUCGGUGAAUGGGAUAACAGUGUAAAGCGCUUUGGGUACCUGAGAUAGGCUGUCUGUCACUUUGCGCUUUUCUAUUUACUAUGAAUUCACUGCUGUUUGAUUUUUUUUCCUUCUGUAUUUGUGACUUUUGAUUUUGAACUGACGGUUCCUGAGAAUGUUUUAAUUUCACACUAGUUAUUGUGUCCAUUGGAGUUUCAAGAUAACAGGAUUGCACUUAAGUACUAAUGUCGUCAAAAUAUGACACAAUAUAAAUAGAAAUCUAUCUUGUUAUAAUGUCACGACAGUGGCAAAGUACCCACACUGUACAUAAGUGGACUUACAGAUAGUUUAAUAAAAAAGUAAUUUAA